GAAAUGAGGUUGUAAUGUUGUACGGAGUAUUAGGUUUUUUGUUAGAAAAAGGCCCUGCCUUUCUUCACUCCUUCGAGGCUUCACUGGGGAAGGGAAGGAAAAAGAAGAAUUGAGGGAAGCAGGACGCCGUGAAGUCGGCGACGCAGCGGGGAGCUCGCAGGAAUUUUUAGUUCAAAUCCAGCCCACCCUUAUAUAUGGUUCCCUGGCUACGCUCCUGGGAUAUAUUAUCACUGUAAGGAGCACACCUCCUUCAUCAACUAUCAAUGGCGCAUACCACAGCUCCCUCUCACUUUCUACUCUUACCCUCCCUUCGCAGAACACCGAUUAAACCCUCCGACUACAGAUGUUCUGCUUCCUUCUCCUUCUACAUUCGUUCACUCUACUCUUCCUCUUGUCACCAUCACACAAGCAGGUCAAUUGAGUCUUCAAACUACAUAGAGACCUUUGCUAAGCGCAUGGCUAUGGCUGGACUUAAACCUCACCACCGUAUUGCUUUGGGUGUCUCUGGCGGUCCCGAUAGUAUGGCAUUGUGUCUAUUAGCUGCGUCUUGGAAAACAAACAAUCGAAGUGUUGGUCUCAUUAGUGAUAAGAAAAGUGAGUACAUUGAUGGACUUCUGGCUGUAGUAGUGGACCAUGGGUUGCGAGCUGAGAGUAAAGAAGAGGCAAAUCUUGUUCAGUGCCGAGUUACCAAUAUGGGAAUUAAAUGUGAGACUGCUCACUGUGAAUGGUUGGAAGGUAGACCUAAACAGGGCCACUUGCAAGAAGAGGCUCGUAAUAAAAGGUAUGAAAUUUUACAAAGUGUUUGUAUCCAACAUCAGAUGAGUGUGCUAUUAAUCGCUCAUCAUGCUGAUGACCAGGCAGAGUUAUUUGUUCUGAGGUUGUCUCGGCAUAGCAGUGUGCUUGGGCUUUCUGGCAUGCCGUUUGUAUCAGAAUUGUACAAUAGAAAUGUAUUUACCAAUCUGGUUUAUUUUCAACCCCAUAAAACGUUAUUGGUUAGACCUCUCUUGGAGUUUUCAAAAGAAGAUAUGUACAAGAUAUGCCAAGCUGCCAACCAAGAAUGGGUGGAAGAUCCAACAAAUCAAAGUCAAGUAUUUGCCCGGAAUAGAAUUCGAUUAGCAUUGACUGGCUUGUCAUCGUCUGCCUUCAAAGCUGAAUUACGAUCGGUUAUAACAACCUGCCAGAGAACAAGAAUGCAUAUUGAUAGGAUUUGUUCCAAUAUAAUUCAUCAUGCCGUGAUCAUCACGCCCCUAGGCUAUGCAGUGAUUGAUUUAGGACUUCUCAAUUCCUCUGAAGUCCAGGACAUAAUCCUUUCAAAGUUCAUCUCCUUGAUUCUGCAGUUUGUGUCCCAGAGAAGAAGACAUAUUCGAGGAAGCGCUUUAAAGUUGGUUGUUGAUUAUAUCCGUACUUCUCCAUGCAAGACCUGUCUUACAGCAGCUGGUUGUUACCUAAGCCCAGUUCCUGGUUCCAAAGGCACCAAAUUGAUGGUUUGCUGCUCUCCCAAUGACAAUUUCCCUUUGAAGACAGAAUUAUUGGAUACGUUUACCAACAAUGAACAGAAGUGUUCACCAAGCGAUGAAGAGCAAAUAAUAGCUGAAUUAAAAUUGUAUGCAGAUCAGUUUUACCAGGAUGUUACGGGGCUGGACAUUCUAGAUUUAAGAACUGCAGAUUCAGUUCUAGUUGAAGCCAAAAGGAAAGGCAUUCUAAGUGACUCUACCUAUAAGUGCAUUAUUUCUUUGCAGGAAAAAGAGGGUGAAAAUUUCAGGUCACAAUCUGAUAUCAUCCGUGGUUUCAAGUUAGAAAACGAAGAAACUGUUAACUAUAAUCCAAGCAGAGUGCUUUACCAAGAGCACAUUGGUUACUUCAUGAAUAGAUUCCUGGUGAAAUGGAAAAUGAGCAUGAAAUUUGAAGAACGGGGUAACUUUUGCAGCUUGUGUAUCAUUGGUCAAGAUUUAGUAGCCGAGGUGCGCCACAUGGUGGAUGCUGAUUGGUUGUACCUUGCAGAAUUAGCAAAUACUAGCAAACAAUUAGUUUUAGCUUCAGGUGAUGUCAGGAAUGGGCGAAUCUCAUGUACUGAUUAUGUGAAGCAAUCAGCUCAAAGGACUCUCAUUGCAUUGAAGUCUAUUCCAGUUGCCGCAAGAAGAGCUCUACCUGUCCUGGUUAACAGUGAUGGAUUACUAUUGAGCAUCCCGAGUGUUGGCUUCAAGCAUUGUCCCUGCUUAGUGGCAUCUGCUGUGUUCAAGCCGAUGGUCCCUCUUGGUGGUGGUUACUGUUCAUUUGUAUAGUUAUUAUUAUAACCCAGUUUAUGUAUUUGUGGUUUCUACACUUGUAUACAUGUACUUGCAUUUGAACUUGCAACACUUUAUUUCAAAACUCAAUGUUAAUCGAUCUGUUAAUUGAGGGACCAGGGCCUAAUUUGG